CAGUGUCACAGUCCAUUACUGCAGGAACAUUCAUUAAAAAGGGCUUGUUCAUUGAUUCGGAGCAUUUUAGAUGAAUCAAAAGUCAGACGUCAGAGCUUCAAGGGCAGAGGAAAGAAUCUCACAGGAACUUAAAAAUGGAAACAUGAGCUGGUGAGAAAUUGGCUGUUUUCAUGAGGAAUGAAGCAGGUUUGGGUCUUUGGUAUAUAAACCAAAGACGCCAACAAGAGCUGAAAUCGAAAGAGAAAAGGAAGUUGUGAAGGACUUUUCUGAGAUAGCAGCGCAACAACACUGGACCGUUUGAGAUAAAUAAAUCUUAGUAAACAUGCAGCCCACUAUGGAGGAGUUCGAUUCAGAGGAUUCUGGUGUUCAAGAUGUGGGACCUCAAAUCAACGGGCUAGUGGUCCAGCUCCUGGAGACAAUGUCAGUGCUUCUGUUGCGAAUCAGACAGAAGCUUCUGGAAAUUUCUAUUCUGAUCUGUGUGAUUCUGCUGGUGUUCUGGGUGGCUUUAUUCCUCUAUGGCAGUUUCUAUUAUUCCUUUAUGCCCACAGCCAAUUUCAUCACACCUGUCUACUUCUUCUACAGCAGGACUGAUUGUCUAUCUCCUCAUCACUCUUUGUGUUCUUUCCCUGUGGCUAAUGUCUCUUUACUGAAAAAUGGAAAACAUCAGGUAAUGACAUACGGUCAGCCUUAUCGGAUCACACUAGAGCUGGAAAUGCCUGAGUCUCCAGCCAACCAGGAGCUGGGAAUGUUCCUAGUAAAAAUGAAUCCCUAUUCUAAAGCUGGUCAUAUUGUUGACAUAUCGGCACGUUCUGCAAUGCUCCAUUAUCGCUCCUCUCUUCUUCAGGCUCUGGGCACAGUAGCCUUCUCCCCCUUGCUGUUAACAGGAGCGUCAGAGCAGAAGCAGUCAGUCAUGGUGGAGCUGUACUCUGAAUUCAAAGAUGAUUCUUACAACCCCAUUGUUGGAGCCAUCAUUGAGAUCCAUUCCCAGCAUAUUCAGAUCUACAGAGCUCAUCUCUACAUCUUUGCUCACUUUACAGGCAUCAGGUACCUGCUGUAUCACUUCCCCCUGAUCUCAGCGCUGAUCGGGGUGAUGAGUAACUUUACUUUCCUCAGUUUGAUCAUCGUUCUUAGCUUCCUGCAGUUUAAUCUGGGUGGUCGCAGGACUCGUGGAAAGGCUGUUAUGCAACAAGAGGAAAAUAAUGAACCAGAUGAUGUAAAUGAUCAGUCUGAACCACAGGAUGAAGGAAAGGCACUAGAAAGUUUUGAUGACAUAGGGUAUAAAUCAGUGGAGGUGGAAGAAUCCAUUCAAGACGUGGGGGUGGAGGAGAGUGAAGAUGACUCCAGAGAAUUCGCUGAAGAUGAACCCACCUGUGAAGCUGGGGAUGGAGAAAUGAUUUUGAGGCACAGGAAUUUGUCGCAGAGCAUGUUACAGUCAUCUCAAGUGUUAACAGACACUACAGAUAAAACUUAUCAAAACAGUGUUGGUGUCUGUUCAAGCUGCUAGAGAGCGAAUGGAGCUGUCUUUUAAAUGAGGGUAAAGGUUAUGAAAAGCAAAGUCCACCCACUGGAUUUGAUUUGGUAACAAUGUCCUUUUUUAAAAAAUGUGGACUUGAUGCUAGCCCUAAUCU